CUUCCUACGACUUCACCGAGGCAUCUUUUACUGCGUGCGAGACGGUCGGCCGAAGAUUUCACCACGCCGCGUUGCUACUAGAAUACUAGGGAGUGUGUGGGAGCAUGACGUUGGACCCGACACUGUACGAGACGUUCACAAAGAACCACUCUACCAUGCCUGAACCGCUUCCUAUUCCGAGUCCGCCAGGUCUCCCUAUUUUUGGCAACACCCGUGAGGUCGAUCCAGAGCUUCCAGUUCGUUCGUUUAUGCAUCUUCAUGAGCUCCACGGCCCCAUCUACCGAUUAUCUUUUGCCGGAGUGCCCAGGUACUUCAUUGCCUCGCAUGAGCUGAUGAACGAAGUCUGCGAUGAGAAGAGAUUCAGCAAACACAUUGCCGCUGCUCUGCAGGAAGUACGGAAUGGCGUACAUGACGGCCUGUUUACCGCGCUUGGCCCUGAAGAGAGGAAUUGGGGCAUUGCCCAUCGAAUUCUGGCACCGGCUUUUGGGCCCCUGUCAAUCAGGGGAAUGUUUGACGAAAUGCAUGACAUUGCGUCGCAACUGGUGAUGAAGUGGGCCAGACAUGGACCAGAUCAUGUGAUUCCCACAUCGGACGACUUCACAAGAUUGACUUUGGACACCCUGGCCCUGACAGCCAUGAAUUUCCGCUUCAAUUCAUAUUAUCAUGAGGAAAUGCACCCUUUCAUCGACGCCAUGGGAGCCUUCCUCCGAGAAUCUGGAGACAGGAGCAGACGCCCAGCAGUCACGCAAAUGUUUUAUCGUGAGGCGCAACGCAAGUAUGAGGAGGACAUUGCUCUUCUACGAAAGACAAGCGAUGAUGUGAUCAAAGCCAGGCGAAGUCAUCCUUCUGACCGAAAAGACCUCCUCAAUGCUAUGCUGAAUGGGAGGGACCCCAAAACCGGGGAGGGCAUGACCGACGAUAGCAUCACUGACAACAUGAUAACGUUCCUCAUCGCAGGGCAUGAAACGACUUCAGGCUUGUUGAGUUUCGCUUUCUACUAUCUUCUCAAGAAUCCCGCUGCGUAUCAAAAAGCUCAACAAGAAGUUGAUUCGGUCAUUGGAAAAGACCCGAUCAACGUUGAUCAUCUUUCAAAGCUGCCCUUCAUUAACGCGAUCCUGAGAGAGACGCUUCGGGUAUGGCCAACCGCUCCUAUGAUUUCUUUCACACCAAAAAAAGAUGAACUACUUGCCGGGAAAUACCAAAUUCCGAAGGGCGAGGCCAUCGUAGCGGUACUCCCAACCAUUCAACGAGAUCCUCUAGUUUGGGGCGAAGACGCCGCAGAAUGGAAGCCUGAGAGGAUGCUCGAUGCCGAAUUCGAACGCGUUCAGAAAGAGCAUCCGAAUUGCUGGAAACCAUUCGGGAACGGGAUGCGCGGAUGUGUUGGUCGCCCAUUUGCAUGGCAAGAGGCGUUGCUAGUAGUUGCUAUGCUUCUCCAGAAUUUUAACUUCUCUAUGUCGGAUCCGGCAUAUACUUUAGGCAUAAAACAGACCUUGACAGUCAAGCCUAAAGGCUUCAACAUGCGUGCGCAGUUAAGGAACCAGGUUACUCCGACAUCGCUGGAACGCUCUUUAGCCUCAGCAUCACUCAAUCCGCCUGCUGCGCUUCCAACGAAAGGACGAUCAAGUGGAGCCGCCAAAAAACCUUCAAUAAAUGGUAAGCCUUUGGCUAUUUAUUACGGAUCCAACACAGGUACCUGUGAGGCUCUUGCACAAAGGCUCGCGGGCGAUGCACCGAGCUAUGGGUUCCAAGCACAAGUCGGUACUUUAGAUUCUGCUAAGGAGAAUCUUUCGAGCGAUAAACCUGUCGUAAUCGUCACAGCAUCAUACGAAGGUCAGCCUCCAGAUAACGCUGGCCAUUUCUUCUCGUGGCUAGAGUCUCUCAAGGACUCGGAGAUGGACAAAGUAUCAUAUGCGGUCUUUGGAUGCGGUCACCAAGAUUGGGCUCAAACUUUCCACAAGAUUCCCAAGGCUAUCGACGACAUGUUGGAACAGCGUGGCGGCCAGCGUAUCGUGGAAAUGGGGAAAGCGAAUGCUGCAGCGGGCGACAUGUUCACCGAUUUCGAAACCUGGGAAGACCAAGUCUUCUGGCCAGCCAUGACAAAGAAGUACGGAGCGUCUGAUCUACCCGAAGGGGAGUCUUUCGAUGCCAGCCUUAACAUAGAAGUAUCCGCUCCACGCGCAUCUACUCUUCGACAGGACGUUAUGGAGGCCCGUGUAGUGGACACGAAGGUCUUGUCCACACCCGAAGUCCCCGAGAAGAGGCAUAUCGAAAUUAGUCUGCCUUCGGACCAGGCUUACUCGUCGGGCGACUACCUAGCAAUCCUUCCCCUAAACCCGAAGGAGAACGUCCAUCGUGCUAUGCGGUACUUUGGCCUGCCAUGGGAUAGCAUGCUGACGAUCUCAACCGCUCAUCCUACGACUCUGCCAACUGAUUUACCUAUACCCGCCGCAGACGUAUUCGGAGCAUACAUUGAACUUGCUCAACCUGCCAGCAAGCGUAACCUCCUCGCACUGGCGGAACUCACAAAAGACGAAGCAACCAAGGCCGAACUCAAGCGCCUAAGCGGUCCUGAAUUCACAACCGAAAUCAGCACUAAACGUGUCUCCCUCCUGGACCUCUUGGAGCGUUUCCCUUCCGUAACGCUCCCGCUCGGUCCCUUCUUGCAAAUGCUUCCCCCAAUGCGAGUCCGCCAAUACUCCAUCUCUUCCUCUCCCCUCUGGAACCCUUCCCACGUCACUCUUACAUACGCCGUCCUCGACCAACCAGCCCUCAGCGGCCAAGGCCGCCACGUCGGCGUAGCAUCCAGUUACCUCUCCAAGCUCGAAACAGGCGACAAACUGCACGUCUCAGUCCGGCCAUCACACCAAGCCUUUCACUUGCCCAAAGACGCGGAGAAGGUGCCCGUGAUCUGCAUCGCUGCUGGAACAGGCAUCGCACCCUUCCGCGGCUUCAUCCAAGAACGCGCCGCCCAACUCGGCGCCGGUCGCCCCCUCGCCCCCGCCCUUCUGUUUUACGGCUGCCACUCCGCCACGACCGACGACCUGUACCCGGCCGAGUUCGCGCGCUGGGAGGCUAUGGGCGCCGUGUCGGUGCGCCGCGCCUACUCGCGCGCUCCCGCUGAAACGAACAAUUGCAAGUACGUCCAGGAUCGCCUCUGGGCGGACCGCAGAGAAGUGGUGGAGUUGUUUGAUCAGGGCGCGAAGGUGUUUGUGUGCGGGAGUCGGGGGGUGGGCGAGGCGGUGGGGGUGGCGGCACGGAAGAUGUGGUUGGAGCGGGCGAGGGAGCUGGGGAAGGAGAGGGGGGAGGGGGAUGCGGAGAGGUGGUUUGAGGGGAUUCGGAAUGAGCGGUAUGCUACUGAUGUGUUUGCGUAGGGGGGUUAAAAAGGGCUGGGAGGAGUAUGAGGGGUAACUACACCUAAGGUUUGUUUUGGUAUGAUUCGGCUGUGGGGCGUUACCUAACGACUUUCCUAUUGAUUGACCGGCAUCGUUGAAUGGAUGGCCUAUGACCUAUUGCUAGGUUGAGUUUAUCAUUUGAAUCGUGAGGCUAGUAGAGCAACCCUUUGCACCAAGGCAAAAACUUGCGUUUACGCCGCG